ACCGUUCAAGUCCCGGAUCAUUUCCAGUGUGGGGCGACUUCUCUUCUCAGAUUCUCAAGCCUUUCGAGUCGUUCUCGGGCUAUAACUUGGCCUGGAGUUCCCAACGAAGCAUGAGAUAUUCAUAACAAAAUCACGACAAUCACACGGAGUUAGCGUCUCAAAUGUGAUGAAAUCAUGGCUCUAAUGGCUACUAGAACGAAGCUCGCGAGAGUUCUUCCCGCUCUCUCUACUCGAACGCCCAAUUCAAGAUCAGGGUCUGGCUGUUUCCACCAAUUAGGCGCGCUUCAGAAGUUAUCGUCUUCUUACACCUCCGCCGCUCUGGCUGCUGAGGAAUCAGAGACGAUGGGUUCGCGACGCAUGGGGUUGGAAGCGUUCGGAGUGAAGGAUUAUGAGGAUUACAGGAAGUCCCGCUACGGUGACAUCACUCACAAGGCUGUGCUUGUUGAUGCUGUUGGCACUCUUGUUGUUCCCUCUCAACCCAUGGCCGAGAUAUAUAGAAAGAUUGGGGAGAAGUAUGGGGUUGAAUACUCGGAGGAUGAGAUUUUACACCGAUACAGAAGAGCUUAUGGGCAGCCUUGGGGUAGAUCUCGGCUCAGAUAUGUUAAUGACGGCAGGCCCUUCUGGCAAUACAUAGUUAGUUUUUCCACAGGCUGUUCAGAUUCUCAGUACUUUGAAGAACUUUAUAACUACUAUAUGACAGAUAAGGCAUGGCACCUCUGUGAUCCUGAGGCUGAAAAAGUGUUCAAAGCAAUUAGGAAAGCUGGUGUAAAGCUGGCUGUUGUGUCAAAUUUUGACACUAGAUUAAGACCUCUACUGAAGGCGUUGAACUGUGAUGACUGGUUUGACGCAGUAGCAGUAUCAGCCGAGGUUGAGGCAGAGAAGCCGAAUCCAACCAUAUUUCUUAAAGCAUGUGAGCUGUUGGGUGUAAAACCUGAGGACGCUGUUCAUGUUGGGGAUGAUCGUAGAAAUGAUAUAUGGGGCGCUAGAGAUGCAGGCUGUGAUGCUUGGCUUUGGGGAAGUGACGUUCAUUCCUUCGGGGAGGUAGCUCAGAGAAUUGGGGUCCAAGUUUGACAGAUCAAAUCAAGCAUGUUGAAGAAUGUUUUAUGAUAUUAGUGUGUGUGUGUGUGUAUAUAUUUUUAUAUAUAGUGAGGUUGUAUAUGUUCAGCUGAAAUUUGAGUGAUUUUGGAAGAAUUUUUCGUCUUUCCAAAAUAUGCAUUGGGCCAAAAAUAUCUACUUGUCGUGAUCUUGUGAAGGAAUUAGACGGCGAAGAAUUGCAAUUGCUUUCUCGCUGGCUGUUAAUCUCACUGGUGCUUACCGUGAACCAAUGAACGCUAGGCAGUGAAAAUGUGAGCAUGUGUUUGGAUUA